AUGCAGGCUACGAUGCCAGUUAUAAGUUCAGCUUGUUUUCUCUCUGAUACAUGGUGUCUUCAGAUGGAUGUGCUGUUGUGUGCAUACGCAACACUUGCUCGUGACUGCACCUACUCGGAAGUGCGACAAAUCUGCCCACCAGUCAACGUGUCUCAGGCCGUGAUUCAAAGUCCGGUUGUUAAUUUGUACUUGUGCCAAGCCUCGGUCAGUCAGCAUCGGGUCAACUCGUCACCACGCCAACCAACUACAACCUGCUGCUGGCACUUUUUAUCUGACCUUAAUUACGCCAAUCUCGAAGACCGAACUCAUCUCUCUUUCUGUCCAGUUGGCUUUACCUACUGCUUUGAUUACUUUGGCCGGCGUCUGGCUUUUAGCCCUCCUGUUCUUUGUUCCAUUGUCUCCUUUUUGACUUCGAAUGAUGUGAAUGGGAGUUCUGAUGUUGAAUUUUACGGUUGGCUUAACUACUUCAAGGGCUUCAUCUCUACAGACAAUAAGGAAUGGAUUAUUUAA